CAGUUGCUGGGUUGCCAAGAAAAAAAAAAACGACAACAAUAACAAUAACGGAGAAAGUUACUUUCAAUUUUUAGGACUACCCUAACAUAUUUAAAAAACCAGUUAUUAUUUAAUAGUUACCAAAUAAUUAAACACAACUUGAUAAUAAUCGAUCCAAAAAGUCCAUUGCCCAUCAGUUAAAUCGUAUACAUUUGUGGCAAUGGAAGUGACCUUCAAAAAGGCACGAUUGGUAAAUAAGCAAACUUUGCCAAAUGAAAGGUCUUUGUCUUCAGACUCUUCCGAGUCUGAGAGCAGCCGGAGUACGGCUAGCUCAAAUGAAUGUCCCUAUGGUUGGUGGGCACUGCCAGAGCCAGCUCUAUUGAAGAUCUUUAAGUACUUGAGUGUUUACGAUUUACUUCAAGCGAGUUCAACUUGCAGUCGAUGGAACGAUGUUGCCCACGAUGAUUUACUAUGGCGGAGUAAAUUCCAUCAACAGUUUCGAGCCUCUCCAAGCAUUCCCCUUAAACCGAAUGCCGAAAGUUGGCACUCGGAAUAUAAACGUUUAUCCGUCCAUACACCUUUUGUUCAAGCGCAACGUCUGGAGCCAACUGUAGAGCAUAAUCAUGGACAUACGCAUCAGGUGCUACAUGUCAGUUUUGCCCACAAUGGUGAAAUGUUUUCCACUUGCUCCAAGGAUGGCUAUGUAAUAAUCUGGCACGCUGAUCAUCCUUGCCGGGAGAAAUAUGCGCACAACAUGAAGCAAUUCAGCUGGAAGUAUACACAAUAUUCUCAAUUCAAUCAGACCGAUACAUUACUACUCGUCUCUGGAGUACAUUUCGGAUCACCGCAGUCUACUUCUGGAGAGAUUGCUGUUUUCUAUUUGGGUGAAACUGAGUCACAUUUACGCUGUCGUGUCGUAAAUCGACCAUACGAUAUAUUUGGCACAUGGUUCAGCGAUCAAUAUCUGAUCUCGGGCGAUUUGCAUUGGUUGGCUCAUUUGGUGAGCACAUCCGUGCUCUGGUUGAACAAGGCAAAUCAGGAAAUUGAUUCCGAACAUGUGCCGGUAAUGAAUCAAUUGUACAAGUUCUAUAAUCGAAAUGCCAGUUCGGUGAGAGCCAUAAUGGUGGCUCGUUGUCCAUGGUUGGAUGAUAGCAACGAUCCUCUGCUAUUAGAUGAAUCUACGGCAUUAGGGGGAGAGGGAAAAAAUCCACAAGGCGCUGAUGAGGUAGAUAAAAGCGAGGCUUCUACAUCUUCCGCUGGGAAUCCUUUGUCCCAUGCAGCUAGUUUAAGGCAUACUAGGAGUACCACGCCGGAGGAUAAUUUUCUGCCCGACAUAGAGGAGAGAAAAUAUUCGCAAACGGGUGCGGGAGAUGCCACCAUACAUUAUCUAGAUGAAUAUAGAACGGCGGCUGCUAGCAUAGAUGAUGAACAGCCAUCCAGUUCGACUGAUGACGAUGAGGACGAUGAUUAUGAGGCCAUGGAUGUCCAUGAGGAAUACGAUGAAAUGGAGAAUAGUGUGCCUAAAUAUCUUAUCUUUUCCACUGGUUCAAAAACAUUUACACCACACCAAAUUGGCCUAAAGCGUAUACGUAAUGUUAAUUUCCCGAAAAAACUUGAUCCUGGUCCAAGCCUAAGGGAACGUAUUGCAGCCAAAAAACUUGCCGAACAACAACAACAAGAACAUCCACGUACUGAUCCCGAUUGGUGGGACUAUGAGUCUGUUAAAGAUCGUUUCGAUCUGGUGGACAAAGUAAUUGAUCUUCAUGGGCAUAUUAUUGGUAUGGCCCUCAGUCCAGAUCAUCGAUAUCUCUAUGUAAAUACGCGGCCAUGGCCAAAGAAUUAUGUCAUAACAAAUCCAUUAGAACCUCCGCCCAUAGCCCAAGAGAUUGAUAUACAUGUAAUUGAUUUGAUGACCCUUAAACGGGUUGGAAAUAUGUUAAAGGCCCACAAGGCUUACACACCAAGCACCGAAUGUUUUUUCAUCUUUCUCGAUUGCUGCGAGGAGUAUGUGGCCAGCGGAGCUGAGGAUCAUCAUGCUUAUCUCUGGGAUCGUUAUUAUGGCAUCAGUUUGGCGAAAUUUCGGCACUCCGAUGUAGUGAACAGUGUCGCUUUCAAUCCAAGAGAUUCGGAAAUGCUUGUGACCACCAGUGAUGAUUAUAGCAUUAAGAUCUGGCGCUCAAAGGCCAAAUGUCGAAUUCUGAAUAUACCAAUCAAUACAAGUGAAUCCUUCGAAUUGAAGCCCAAAAAUUAAAGGGUUUGCUAAGAAUUAGAACCAAGUGCCUGCCCACCAUGAAACAUACAACUUAAUUUUGAUAUAUCUCAGUGGUUUAGUUUUUUUGUGUUCUAUAUAAUAUAAUACAUCUCUGUAUAUGCAUAAUGAUGUUGUUCUCAAUUCUGAUUCGUAAUUCCCUAAAAUUUUACAGCGUUCUUAAUUGUUAUUGGCAAAAGUUGACUAACAAGUAAAAAUUUGUUUCAAGUUUUUUUUUUUAUAGAGAAGCUAUGAAACAGAAUUUAGAACAAUCUAUUAGGAUAAACAAAAUUUUGUUCAAAUUGUUAAAGUUUUUGUAUAAGAUUAAAGUGUGUAAAGGUUUUUUUUGUUUCAAGA